GCCUACAACUGUAUCUUAAACUGCUUACUGCAGUGUAUGGAGGGAGAGAACAAUGUGUUGAAAUUCUGAAGAAAGGCAGCUUACUGGGUGUUGCACCAGGUGGAGCUCGAGAAUCAUUCUUUAGUGAUGAAAACUACAGUAUCUUGUGGGGUAAUCGUAAAGGUUUUGCUCAAGUGGCCAUAGAUGCAAAAGUGCCCAUCAUCCCUUUGUUUACUCAGAAUAUUCGGGAAGUCUGUAGAACACUUGGAACAACAUCAACAGCUACAGGGGGUCUACAGCAACAGCUAUUGCACAGAAUGGCAACACAACAGAAAGAAUUACAACAGAACCUUGACCUGCUGAUGAAUCUACAGCCUCUUGGGGUAACUAGUGGUCUGACAAAGAUUGCCAUCGAAGCGCUAAGAGACAGACACCAAAAACUACCAGGAAAUAUAUUAAGGGCUCUAUUGGAACGAUUUGAUAAAUAUCAGAAAGAUGACUAG